AUGACUGGGUUGGCAAAAUACGAAUAUUCUAAAAGGGAGCUAAUACAGAAAUCACUAUUGAAUACUAUAGCUAUAGUGGAUAAGACUUGUAAAAUAUUUCAGUCGCCUGUUCCACGAAUACUAAUAGUUAGUAAGCAACAACCAAUUGAAGCUAUAUUAGACAUAUAUAUGCUAAACUAUCGACAUUUUGGGGAAAACUAUGUCAAGGAGCUUGUUCUUAAGUCAAGUAGGCUUCCUGAAGAUAUUAUGUGGCACUUUAUAGGUCAUUUGCAGAGAAAUAAAGUGAGAUCACUGCUAACAGUAAAAAACUUAUACAUUAUUGAAUCACUAGACUCUAUUGAACUAGCAUAUUUAAUUCAAAAAAUAUGUGAAGAAAUGAAAAGAUAUGUCAACGUGUAUAUUCAAAUUAAGACAUCUACUGAAACUACGAAGACAGGUAUUAAUAUCGAGGAGUCUAAGAAGUUGGUAAAAUAUGUUUUAGAUCAUUGUCCUAGGUUAAAUUUCUUGGGAUUUAUGACUAUUGCAGAUAAUGAUAAAAAUAAGUGUAGUGAAUGCUUCUCAAAACUUGUAGAUCUCCGUGCAAGAACUUUGAAUUGGAUGACAGAACAAGCUUAUAGUACAGCAAGGUGUGAUUUAAGUAUGGGUAUGUCAGAUGAUUUUGAAAUUGCUAUUACUCAUAAAACAAAUGAGAUUAGAAUAGGUAGUGCAAUUUUUGGACUAAGAUCAAAAUAA